CUCAUCCGACCGGAAGCUGCGGCUUUCAGAGCUCCGGUAAGACCGAGCUUCCCAGACUUGUCGCUCUCUCACGCCGCGCAGCUUCCGCCGUCGCCCCCGGUUCCUCUUCGCGCGUCUGGUGCGGCGGGCUCUCUAGGCCGGCGCGUCUCUAUGGCCGCAGGGGCGUCAGUUCCGCAGGCUCUCUCGGCACCAUGGCUCCGGCGCGAGAAAAUGUCAGUUUACUCUUCAAGCUAUACUGUUUGACAGUGAUGACUCUGGUGGCUGCAGCUUAUACAGUAGCUCUAAGAUACACAAGGACAACAGCUGAAGAACUCUACUUCUCAACCACAGCCGUGUGCAUCACAGAAGUUAUAAAGUUACUGAUAAGUGUUGGACUGUUAGCUAAAGAAACUGGCAGUUUGGGUAGAUUUAAAGCCUCUUUAAGUGAAAACGUCUUGGGGAGCCCCAAGGAACUGUUGAAGUUAAGUGUGCCAUCACUGGUGUAUGCUGUGCAGAACAACAUGGCUUUCCUAGCUCUCAGUAACCUGGAUGCAGCAGUGUACCAGGUGACCUAUCAACUGAAGAUUCCCUGCACUGCUUUAUGUACUGUUUUAAUGUUAAAUCGAACACUCAGCAAAUUACAGUGGAUUUCAGUUUUCAUGCUAUGUGGUGGGGUCACACUCGUACAGUGGAAACCAGCCCAAGCUACAAAAGUUGUGGUAGCGCAGAAUCCAUUAUUAGGCUUUGGCGCUAUAGCUAUUGCUGUAUUGUGCUCUGGAUUUGCAGGAGUUUAUUUUGAAAAAGUUUUAAAGAGCUCAGACACUUCCCUUUGGGUGAGAAACAUUCAGAUGUAUCUGUCAGGGAUUGCUGUGACGUUAGCUGGUACCUACUUGUCAGAUGGAGCUGAGAUUAAAGAAAAAGGAUUCUUCUAUGGCUACACGUAUUAUGUCUGGUUUGUUAUCUUCCUUGCUAGUGUGGGAGGCCUCUACACGUCUGUUGUGGUGAAGUACACAGACAACAUCAUGAAAGGCUUUUCUGCGGCCGCAGCCAUUGUUCUUUCUACCAUUGCUUCAGUCAUCCUGUUUGGAUUACAGAUAACACUUUCAUUUGCACUGGGAGCUCUUCUUGUAUGUGUUUCCAUAUAUCUCUAUGGAUUACCCAGACAAGAUACUACAUCCAUUCAACAAGAAGCACCUUCAAAAGAGAGAAUCAUUGGUGUGUGAUUUGAAUCUCAAGAGAUUCGUAUAAGGACUUAAACUGUUGAUAAUAAAUUAGAGCCUUAAGUCAACCCCAGAUGGUAGCUUAACCAAUGUCAACAAAUUAACUGUAUGACAUAAGAAUCAAGAAGAAAACUCUGAAUGAAAUGCUAAAACAGAUUUAAUUUGGG